AUGACGCAAAAUCAGAAGUCCGCCGUCAAUGUCAUUUUCGGCGCCAUGACCUUCGGUCGCGAAGGCACGGAACAAGCUCGUGUGAGCAAUUUGGACGACUGCAAAGCGAUUCUUGAUAUAUUCCAAGCGCAUGGCCACAAUCAAAUCGACACCGCCAGAUUUUAUGGCGAAGGAUCGUCGGAACAAUAUUUAGGAGAUCUUGACUGGCAAAGCCGUGGUAUCGUUAUGGACACGAAGUAUUUUCCUACUGCCGGCAAACCGCUGUCGUCGCCUGAUCAACCAGAAGGAGGUUGGACACAUAGUCCUGAGCAUGUGAAGCAAAACUUGAUGACGAGUCUGAAGGCGUUGAAGACUGAUAAGGUUGAUAUGUGGUAUCUUCAUGCUCCGGAUCGAUCGACUCCUUACGAGGUUACGUUGAAAGCCAUCAACGAGUUGUACAAGGAGGGACGCUUCAAGCGUUGGGCUGUGAGCAACUACAUGGCCUGGGAGGUUGCUCAGAUGUGUGAGAUUUGCAAGAGAGAAGGGUAUCCUUUGCCAAGUGUGUAUCAAGGCGUCUAUAACGCUCUUCACCGUGCCGUCGAACCUGAACUCUUCCCAUGCUUGAGAAAGUACGGAAUGGCAUUCUACGCAUUCAACCCGCUUGCUGGUGGCUACCUCACCGCACGAUACAAGCGCGAGGAGAAGAGCAACAAAAUUGAGGAAGGGUCUCGAUUCGAUCCAAACCGCAUGCAGGGCAAAAUGUACCGACAGAGAUACUGGAACGAGGAAUAUUUCGAUGCCUUGGAUAUUCUCCGUGAGGCAGCUGGAAAGCAUGGCUUGUCGGAAGCGGAAUGUGCGUUACGAUGGAUGACGCAUCAUUCUCUGUUGAAGAAAGAGUUUGGUGACGGAAUUAUUAUCGGCGCGUCGAGUACGAAGCAUAUGGAGGAGAAUAUGAAGUUCUUGGAUGAUCCGAAUCCGUUGCCAGAGGAUAUUUUGCAGGCGCUGGAUGCGGGGUGGGAUCGGGUGAAGGGGAUUAGCAAUAAGUACUUUCAUUGA